AUGAGAGCGUGUCUGUGUCGUGGUCGACUGUCGUAUCUGGGUCGCAGCCCUUUUCUCUCCUUUUUGCGCGCUGUUUCGUACCGCACUCGCUGUUCUACUGGGAAGGUUACUUCAUGCCGGACGAACCGACAAUGGAGUCGCGAGUUCUCUGCCAACUCCGCUCGACUCGAUGACGCCCUGCCCUCUCUAGACCGAGCAUGGCUGCGAGAACGUGCCCGGGGAAGACUUCCAAGGAUUGCAAUUCCGGCAAAUACCCCGGGGGAUCCUAGCGCAUGGAUCCCGUUGGUUGAGGAAUACCUCCCUCCAUCGCUGCGAGAUGGUCCGGAAGAGCUGGAGUCUAAGGAUAACAUAUACCAACAAGCCUAUUCUCUAGCGGCUCUCUUGUCGCAGGCGAGGCUGUCCGAGGGUGUCGAUGUGUUGGGCCAUCUCGGUUUUCAACUGAAUAGAUGGCCCGCGGUGCAUGCGCUUUUGAGUAAGCUGGUCGAUUUCUCUCAGGCACUCCAACAGGCGUCGAUUCCUCGACAACCCAUAUCGAGUCUCGACUGGGGGCUUAGCGCUGGUAUAUCACUUGAGCAGUUGAGUAGUGGUGGAGCUUCUAGCGAUGGAACACGAUGGUCGUCCCAAGUCCAAUUGAACUCCACCACCAAUCCUCGCAUCAUUCGAAAUAGUCUCGAGGAGUUGUCAAAUCGGCCUUUUGCGGAUGAACUCAGUCGACGACUUAUGGGAGAGGUCUGGUCAAAUCUGGGUUCCAUUGUCCUCUUCGCUGCUGAUCUUCCACCGAAUGAGUCGAAGCUAGCAAUGUCUUGUGUGUUUCAAAUACUUGCGCGCCUUCAUCAUUCAGGAUCGAUAUCAGAAAAUGUCUACAGAGAUUCACACAUGGACAGUGAGCAAGCGGGAUUUAGGCCUCCUGGGUUGUAUCUGCUUUCGACGCAUAUAAUGAGUAUUCUGUCAGACGCGGCAUGGCGGGUGCAUGAAGCGGAAGUUGCUGCCAAAGCUGCUGCUGCGGGCGAGGACUCUCCAUUUCUCCCGUUCAAAUUCGGGUUCAGAGAAUUAGGACCUGAGGUUUGGUUUGAACUUAUUCUCUGGUGCUGUGUGGAUCAUGCGCAUUACAUGGAAGGCGCAUGGCUGUUAGAGAAGAUGAAAGCACGAGAAGGCACCUUAGCCUGGCAUCUGAAGAGCUGGAAGCCCCUUCUUGAGUACCCAGAAUUGGUGAGAAAAACGAAGAUCGAUUCGGAAGAAUUCUGGCAUGACCUGGAUAGUCCUACGCCGACCCGAUCGUCAAGGAAACGCAAUCCUGUUUUCCACGGACUUGGAGAGCGAACCAUAAGCACUGAAGUUGUUGAGUCACUGUUAGGCGGUCUCGUAGACAAUGCUUAUCUGGGAUUCGGUCACCAUGGACUUCCGCUAAGCAAGAUUCGACAGUAUAUCUCACGUUUCAUGCCGAUGAUUGCUCCUGGGGGAGAUGGGGAGUUGCAGCCGACUACGAAGGCAUUCAAUUGGCUUACUGUCCGUAUUCUCGAAUCCGGGGGGCUGAAUGCUGAACUUGACCCGAAUGCUCUCGAGCAAGUCCUCAGGCUUAGUCCUCACGUCGUGCCUCCUUGGGAUGAGAGCUGUCCUACUGCCGAAGAGGCCCUGGAUGAGUUAGAAAAAUCACGGCUCUAUGAUGAAACCGCGGCCAUGGCGGGUCUGAUCGAAUACAAUAUCAGAUUCUACGCUGCUCGACAACGAACCGGGUCCGCCUUGAAAACGUGCGCUUGGUUGCAAGAAGUCGUUGACUCGAGCAAAUUGCAACAUAUACACAAUUUCCUCGAACAUGUUUCCCAGCUGGAUUGCUCAGACCUAGGUUUUUUUGAUGGAUCCUUCCUUACCCCUCAUCAGAUCUCCUACGAGUCUUCUAUUCCACAGAUGUCGAAUGUCACGUUCGCAAGGUUGCUUGACCUGGCAGCGACAGCAGGAGCAUUUACAUUCGGAAAGUGGCUGCUCCAUUCCGAUGACAUGGACGGGCCUCCGAUCCCGCGAAGUGCAUAUGGUGACCAAGCUCUCGCGCCUUCAAUACUUCGGUUCGCCGCAGCUUCCAAGGACAGAGUACUCUGCGAUCAAGUGGUGCAGAGUCUAUCGUCACCCAUCUCCCUGAACACGUUGAGAUCCCUAGCCAACGUCCGAAUCGCGCUGGGCGAAUGGGAUCGAGUAGUUCAAAUCCUGGAAUACAUCCGCGACCACCGACUGAAGUCCUGGGGCCACAGCAACGUGGCCGCAUUAGCCGCAGCGAUCCUGGAAGCGGACAGCGCCACCAUUGACAUUGAAAAUGGCCGUAAGAAUAAGAAAGCAGCGCUCGACAUCCUACUUCGACUCUUCAAUGGCGACUUCAACGACAAAUAUGACCGCAGCGAACGAAGCUUCCAACAGAAAACCCUCUACAGCUUCCGCCGCCUCUUCAUGUCCAUCCCGGGUCCCCUGCGCGAACUCGCCCAAAAGGCAACCCUAUGCCUCACCCGUGCCUCGAUCUCGCCGCACCAAGUCCCUAUCAUCCCAACAGCGGCAUUCCACCCUUUCCUCACAGCCCUGGUCCACACGCACGGCAGCACAGCCGGCAAGAACCUCUGGGAACAGUGGUGCGUGGACCCGCCAUUCCCAUCCGAUCAACGGCUCCGAGAAGGCGGGAUCCCGCGCCUGUAUUUCCAGCGUGAACGGGAUCGAGAACGCGGGGAUCCGCAUUUCGACACGGCCUGGUUCCAGCAUACACGGCAGAAAGCUAUCAUUCCGAAUCUGGAUACAGUGAGGAUUAUAGCGCAGGCUGCUUUGAGGGAGUAUAAUGCUGGUCUGAAGAAGAAAGUUGACGCGGAGGCCGUGCUGGACUUUUGUGUGGAGAGGGGUUCCAAGAAAAACAAAAAAAGGGUGGAUCAGCAUGAAGCAUGA